AUGUUUGUCGCUGCCCUCGAUCAAACGAUUGUGGCUACUGCGACCCCCACGAUCUCCGCGGAGCUGCACUCGGCCGCCGGCUAUGUCUGGAUUGGCGGCGCCUAUCUUCUGGCCAACGCUGCCAGCUCCAAUAUUUGGGUUAAUCUGUCGGAUAUCUGGGGCCGCAAGCCCAUUCUGCUGGCGGCGGUCGCGCUUUUCUUUGGCUCCUCGAUCAUAUGUGCAAUGGCGGUCAACAUGCCCAUGCUGAUUGCUGGCCGUGGGCUUCAGGGCGUCGCCGGUGGCGGCCUCCUCCAGCUGGUCAUCGUCGCCAUUUCGGAUCUGUUCAGUGUUCGACUUCGCAGUCUGUUCAUGGGCCUGAUCGAGUUCAUUUGGGCCAUUGCGGGCGCCCUGGGUCCCAUCGUCGGUGGUGCCUUGACCCAGUCGGUUUCAUGGCGGUGGGUUUUCUGGAUCAAUCUACCCGUCUGUGGUGUGGCCUUUAUCCUGCUCCUCGUGUUUUUGGAUGUACACAACCCCAGGACCUCCGUCAUCGAUGGUAUCAAAGCAGUCGACUGGUGGGGCAGUUUUGCCAUUCUCGCCCUGACGGUCAUGCUCCUGCUGGGCUUGGACUUUGGAGGAAACACUUUCCCCUGGAGCUCGGCCAAGGUCAUCUGUCUGAUUGUCUUUGGCGCGCUGAUGUCGCUCGUGUUUAUUUACUGCGAGAAGCGCCUUGCGAAGUAUCCGCUGAUGCCGUUGGAGAUCUUCAAAACUCGAUCCAACAUCGCCUGCUUCCUGGUCGAUUUUACCCACGGGGUUGCUUACAUUGGAAUGGAGUAUUACCUCCCUCUCUAUUUCCAGUCCGUCCAGAUGGCCUCCCCGUUUCGCUCUGGUCUUCUUCUUCUCCCCUUCAUUUUGACCGAAGCCGUACUAAGCCUCGCUGCGGGGCUCAUCAUCCACGCCACCGGUCGCUAUCUGGAGGUGAUCUGGAUCGGCAUGACGCUUGUUGUCCUGGGAGCCGGACUCCUCAUUGACUACGGCAUUGACACCUCCCUGGGAAAGAUCAUCGGAUAUCAGAUGGUGGCCGGCUCGGGCUGUGGGCUUCUCUUCACCCCGCCGCUUAUUGCCCUCCAGAGCGGCAUCAAGCAGAGUGAAACCGCCAGCGCCACGGCGACCUUCGGCUUUAUCCGCAACGUGGCCAUGGCGCUGUCCGUGGUCAUCGGUGGAGUGGUCUUCCAGAACGGCAUGAACACGCAGCAAUCCAGCCUCCGCAGAGCCGGUCUUUCCCCGUCCUUGAUGGCGGAGUUCACGGGAGCCGAAGCCGCCGCCAACGUGGUGUCGAUCCAUGCGGUCAAGGAUCCCCAGCAGCGAGAGGCCGUCACGAGCGCCUUUGCUUGGGGAUUGCGCAACAUGUGGAUCCUAUACACGGCUCUGGCCGCAUGUGGACUGAUCGCCAGUGUCUUCAUCCAACGCCAGCAUCUCAGCCAAGAACACGUUGAAACGAAGACAGGACUGAAGGAGAAGGAGGCAUCUGCAGUUUCAAACGUCCCCCUUGAUUCUGGCUUGCCUAGGGCCUAA